AUGCCAACCCGUGCCGUCGCCGUGCGGCAGCUUCACCGCCGAGGGUCUUCGGAACUUGCAAGCGUGAUCCAGACACCCACAUAUGCCCUCGCUCGGACGAAAGAUUUGAUUUCGGCCGUCUACUACGCUAUCACGUGCGGCGUGUACGUCGGGGCGAACGCGCAGCAGCAGAGCGUGCUUCACGCGUAUGCCCCGCCCGUCGUGGCAACCAUAAACUUCGUCAUGGCGUUAUUACACGUCUACGGAAUGGCGCAAACGUUUCGCCUUCCGUCCCGUCGAAAGCGGUGUUGCGGGCGGCACAUCGAUCUUCUCAAGAAGUACUUGCCGCGGCGAUCGAUCCAGCUGCCGCUUUUCCAUGCCAUUGAUGUCCUGUGCCAGUCGUAUCAAGCAUACCGGCUGUCCUUUUUCAUGGUCCACCGUGACCAAGCAUUCAUCUUCACCAUCGUCGUGAGCCUCUACUGCCUUGUGACGCCGUGGUUUCUGUUCGCCCGCGAUAGUUUUGCACGUCAGUCGACCAUCCUCCUGCUCAACAGCGCCCUGGGCUUCUUCCUCUCGGUGGGCUUUCCGCUGUGCGCGUUCAUCGUGCAAAUGAUCCGCCUCCUCGCGUACGACCACGCAUCGAAGAAACCCGACAAGUUCCUGGCGGCUACCGUCUUGCUGAGCCGUCAAAUGGCCGUCUCGUCGCUGUCGGACCUCGUCACGAGAACCAUCACGCAGCUCUCGAGCUACGCCGCCCUCCGACGACUCGUCCAGUCAGUCCAGAUUUUCCCAUCGCUGCAAUCCACGUCGACGUCCGUGAGGGAGCCACCGCAAAAAAUCCGAGAAAGCUUUCAUCUGACAUUUCGAUCCCGGCGGCCGCUCAUCGUGUACCUCAUGGUCAACAUCGCGUGGGGCACGUCGCUAGUGUCCUUGACGACGGCGGCUACGUUCUUUCGUACCCCGUGUCCUGGCAUAUGUGUGCAAGAGACCGCGCCGUGGUUUGACACGGCUUGCCACUGCGCGUACGUCGAGAUCAACUGCGCGCUCCAAGGCAUCCCUGGCGACAGCCUCGACGCGAUGUUGGCCCCGAGUCUCGUGGGGACCGAUGUGUUUUACCUUGACGUGCGUCGAUGCGCCCUUCCCCACGGCAUUUCGCUGGCCACACUGUCGCCGUUUCAAAACCUCUACGCGAUCGUCAUCUACUUUAGCAGUAUGACGGACUGGCCAGUUCGUUCAGAGGACGAGCGAUUCCCGUCGUCGCUGACGGUGUUGCAUAUUCGAGGUAGUCAGCUCACCGAAGUUCCACCUGUCCUCCUCCAUUUGCCCCCCUCCAUGGCGCUGCUUCGUCUUCACGACAGCCCGAUCCGCAGUAUUCCCGACAAGUUCUUUACUGCCUGGGCUGGCCUGUCGUCGCUUGUGCUGUCGCAACUGAACCUCACCCAUCAUUCCAUCCCCCCCUUGGGGGCGUUGCCGAAAUUGUCUGCUCUCGAUAUGCGCGGCAACGAGAUUACCGAGUUGCCAAGCGAGUGGACAACCGCGUCCAGCCACGUGGACCUCCAGCUGAACAGCCUCAACCGAGUUGAUCUGAGCGCCAAUCGUCUUCGGCACGGUCCGUGGGCCCUGGCGGCACUGGGCGUCCAGCUCGAGCUCAGCUCCAACUGGAUUGCCACGACGACACGCCGUUCUGCUCCAACGGUGCCGUCGCCAGUUGCGAGCCCAAGUGUUCGCGACUGUGUCUGA